AUGUCAACAAAUGUCAAAUCAAAAUUUGUUUUUCAUUUUCAUUUGAAGAUUUCCCAAUUCGAUGUAAAUGUAAACAGCUUGUUGUGUUAGGUUUUUUUGAGGAAAAUUAAUAUAAUGAGCAGCGAAAAAAGUUGGAACAGACCGUGGACAACUCAAGAGAUCAUUGACAACUCCGAAAAUUGGUCAUUAGCAGGAGAUGUAGCUUUACUAAAUACUCUGAAACAUUUCGCAAAUAACCUACUCACAAAAACUGAUGAGUUGAAUGGUAACAUAAAUAAUUUACUAAAUAAUGUAGAUGAAGUAGGCCUAAAGUUAGACAUAUCCCAAAAUGAAUUCCAAAGCUUAAAAAAUACUCAAUUUAUAGAGAGUAGAGUUUAUGAUGAUGAUGAGGCAUUAGACAGCAAAGGAAAUGAAGAUAAGUUAUCAAUUAGUAGUUCCCAAAAAGAAGAAGAAAAACCCCUUGAUGUUAGUUUAACAGCCGAGCUGCAGCUGCUAGAUAAAUACUAUGAAACUGUGGAAAUCUCUAUAAGUGAUAGUGAGGAUGAGUCAGAAAAAAGCUUUGUUUUAAAACCGAAAGAUGUAUAUGAACAUAGACCUCUACCUCCCCUCAUUGGUUCUGAGGAGUGGUACAAAAAUUGGUAUUUAGAGGAAGAUGAUAGCGAUGUAGAUUCUCAAAAGUCUGAAGAAAUUUACAGUGAAUCUGAUAGUGAUGAUAACCUACCUAAGGAUUUGAUAAUGUCUGAAAGUAGCUCGGAGCUAGAUUUUUCACCUCAAAAUAUUGAACAUAGACCAGUAGCUAAUUCUACCAUGAAGGAUACUAAAAAGAAACCAGAGUCGAUUAGUUCUAGUGAUGGAAGUGAAGGUCAGCUUUAUCCGGAACCACCUAAAGUCCCUCAAUCGAAUAAAGCUUUUGCUGAACAACUGGCUGCUAAGUUGGGCAAUGUGAUCAGUAGAGAAGAAAAUGUCCCAGAAAACAUCAACUCCAAGCCAAUACAGCCUAGUAAAACUAAUACUUUCUCAGCUGGUCUGUUUUCUGACGAACCUCCACCUCUAAGUUACCCUGAAGAUACAGUGAAAGGAAUCUUUUCUACACACAAAAACCUAUUCGAUGAUGACGGGGAAGAUGAUGACUCUCUAUUUUGGGAUAAUACCAAUAAAGUGCCACCUGCCGUGAGAAAAGAUGAUAGCACAAAUGCUACGAAGGAAGCCAAGUCUGUUAAGUCUGAAGUUCUGUCUAAGACUUCUCAGAUCUCCAAAGGACUAUUCGACAGCGAGGAAAGUGAGGAUGACGACAUAUUUACCUUAAAAAAAGAAGAGAAGAAAAAUACCUUCCUGCAACCACCGAAGACGACUGUACCUUUAAUUGACGAUGAACCUCCAUCCAUAGAUAGUGAGAAUAAAGUGGAGCAGCCUGUUAAAAAGAAACCUGUCGGAGGUGUUUCGAUAUUAGGAAACCAAAACAUCGGAGACAUUUUGAAGAAAAAGCAAGAAAUCAGCAAUCAUAACCCGGAAAACGUCUCUCCCAAGAAUAUUAUAGCGCCUACUCCAAAACAGAAUACUCCUCAAAAGCAAUUUAACUUGUUUGAUGACGCAGAUAAUUUAUUCCCCGAUGCUGGUGCCAAAUCAACACGAAAACAGCACAAUCUCUUCGACGACGACGAUGAUAUUGAAGAAGGCAGCAAUAAGAAAGAUAUUAAAAACAUUUCCAAUGUAGCUAAGGCUGAGGUAUCGUCGCAGAAGUCCAAACAGAUCAAAGGUCUCUUCGAUGAAAGCGAGGAAGAUUCAGAAGACGAUAUUUUUGGCUCAAACAAAAAGACUGCAAGUACUAAAACCAAUCAGAACAAAAAGUAUGAUCUUUUUAGCGAUAUUGAUGAUAUAUUUGAUAAAGAUAACAGCAUUGAAUCAAAUAAAAAUAAACUCUUUAGUGAUAUUGAAGGAAGGAAAAAAGUUGUGAGCAGUGCAGAAGAAGAUUUAAGUAAAGUUCAAAUUAAAAGAGAAAAUGAUUUUGACACAAGUAUUCUAGCAAAAGAAAGAAUUAUGCCAGAGAAGGUAGAAGUUUCCAAAAUAGAUGAAGACAAUACUGGUUCCAAAACACACUCAAACCAAUCCAGUAUUAUUAAGAAAGAAGAUGUCGAUGACGACUUUUUAGUUAAAAAUAACAAAAAGAACGGCAAAUCGAAGAAAAUCAGCUUGUUCGAUGACGACGGCGACGAAGAAGAGGAAGACGAUCUAUUCUCUAACGUCACUAAAAAGAUUAACUUCAAGCUAUUUGAAGAGCCGGAAAGCACUGAGGAUCUGUUCAGCAUUAAAACUGAAGUGGAACACCAAUCGGUCAAAACGGCUCAUGUAGAGGCGACUGAUACAUUCGUAAAGAAUAAAACUGAACUUGAAGAUGAUUCUAAAGGUAUAAUCGAUGCUCAAAGUGCUGAAACUGCUGUUCGACAGGUACCUUUAGUGACUGGACGUGUUACUUCAAAAGAUAUUCCAGAAGUUGAUACUAAAAACGCUGAAAAGAUAACUGAUAAUGUUGGUGAAUACUUAGAUCCGGUCAAUAACUUUAAACCAAAGAGUGGAUCAUCAAUUGAUGACGAUUUGUUCCCGAAAGAAGUAAUAGUUACUGAUGAUAAUAAUUUAUUUAAAGAUCCUCCAGAAGUUGCUACUAAAGACGCUGAAAAAGUCACUGAUAAUGUCGGUGAAUACUUAGAUCCAGUCAGUAACUUUAAACCAAAGAGUGGAUCAUCGUUUGACGACGAUUUGUUCCCGAAAGAAGUAAUAGUUGAUGAAGAUAAUUUAUUUAAAGGAAAACAACCAACAAAACCUGCCGUUGCUGAAAAACCUCGACCAACGUCUACUACUACCAACAUAUCAGACGUAGAAACACUUCCCUCCUCUAAAUCUAUUUCUCCACCAACUCUUUCGGUUCCUUCAGUCGUCAGUCUGUUUGAUUCUACUCCACCACCAGACGAGGAUGACUGGGACACCAAAUCGGACACGUUUUCCGACCCAGACGAUUUUCUUCCAUAUAGACCAGUGGAAAAUAGCAGUAAUAGAGCGAAUUUGUUUGACAAUGAGCCUCCAUCGUUGUGUGCCGAAGAAUCUAGCGACGUAGUAGAAGACGACAAAAAUGCAAGGAUAGGACCAAUUGAUUCGUCGUCAAAUCAGGAUAUACCAUCGUCGGAAAGACUGCCUUCAGAUCUAUUCAGCGACCAGGAACCAAAAGCCACGAAAGAUGAAAUGAAAAAUUUAGGCAAAAAUACAUCGGGUACUGAAGGGAUGGAGCGUGAAGUUACGGACAAAAUAGAAAAGUUAGCAGAUAUAAGUCGAUCUCCAGUUGAGAGAAAUCCGAGAAGAAUUGCUAGUAUUACGGAGAUGCUGAAAAAUCAAGGACAGAAAGACACUACAGAGCAGAAAGUGAUACCUGGAAAACUAAAACAGAAUCUUAAUAUAAACGUGAAAGCCUUGCUGCCUGGUCAGUCGCAGCCAAAAAUUUCCAGUUUACGAAAAUCCCAAAGCUUGGAGUCGCCUUCAGACGAGGAUAUAAGUGAUUCUAAAGAUGUUAUAAGUGAACCUGCAACGAAGACUUUUAGCUAUAAAUAUUCACCACCCAAGGACGAGGAAAAACCUGUUAAUUUCGAUGAACCUGAUAACGUGAAUAUCCUGGAAAGUAUUACUAAGGAAAGAGUUCGAAUUCCAGUAAAGAGAAGACCUUCAACCAGAAGAGGACGGAAAGAAGCGUUGCGCAAAUCGGCGAUAGAUAUAUCUUUCGAUAGUGUGGACGAAUUAGAAAAUGUGUCUUCGCAGCAAGAAAAAACUAUCGAACCGACUACGAACUUCUCGAAGGCGCCAUCUAGUCCAAUUCCAGCUACAAAUACGUCAUUAACGGAAAAUGUUACUAAACCUGCUGCAAACAUUACAACUCCAGAACAACAAGACAAAUUGACCAAUAUUUUUGGUUCAGCAAGUUCUCCAAAAGAAUUAGAUGGGUUCUUAGAUUCUAAAAGUCCUCCCAAAGAGGACACAAUGUAUACAUCACCAAAUCAAAAUAAUGAUGAUGGUUUAUUUGCUUCAGUAGAUAAUACAGAAUCCAAACAACAAAAAUAUAUGAGUACUGAUGAUGAUGAUGAUAUAUUCUCUUCUGGGACUCCUUUUGAAAAGCCUGUCUUUCAAAAUAAAAAUACCAGUGAUGUCGAUGACUUAUUCGGUCCGAUAAAUCAACCAAACGUAUCUACAAAGUCAGAUGCCCUGGAGAAAUUCUCCAGUAAUCAAAGUAUUUUCGAUCCUCCAAAGGAGUUAUCAAAAACAGAAACUACUAAUAAAAACAGCAGUUCAAAAGAAAGUAUAAAACCGAUGCUCCAGAAACACAGCAGCAGUACUAAACCUAGUAUAUUCGAUUCGGACGACGAUUCGGAUGAAGAUCUUUUCAAAAGCUCGAAUAAAACCAAACCAAAAGAAGUUUCUUUAGUAAAAGAACAAAUUUCUAAGACUAAAAAAUCGAAAUCUUUGUUUGAUGACAAUUCCAGUGAUGACGAUUUGUUUGCGGGAACAUCAAGUCGCAGGAAAGACAGUGCGGGAACAGUGCCGAAAAUUCAUGACAAAAAAAUAAAACCGUCGAUCAAAAAAUUAGAGAAUGUUCAGACUGACGUUGAUCCUCUAUCGAGUUUACUGGAGUAAAUUCCUUGGAAUAACAUUUCCUGUAUAUGUUAACCACUAUUCUACUGUAUCAGGGCGCAAAGUCGUUUCUCGGUUGUUGAAAGUGUUAUUCGAUAUGAAGCAACAACUCAUUAUACUCGAUUCGCUGACCGCAGUCCCAAUUGUCUAGUAACUCUAGUAAUUACAUAUUUUUGCUACGUUGGAUAAAUUUUGACGGAUUUGUAGGGGCUGUUAAUUACUAUAUAGCCAAACAUACAGUCGCAUAGCCCAUAUUUAAACAAUAACAUCCACAUGCUGUUUAUUAACAAAAUAAAACUGUACAAAUUAAAACAAAAGUUUAUUUUUGAAAGUUUAUAGUCGUUUAUAAAUUAGUAUGUACAAAUUGAAAGUCUUUAAUAAAAAUUAGUGAAUGUACACUCAAACACACUACAAAAAGGCUGCAACAGUAAGUUUAUUUGGAUUAUUAAUAGGACUUUUCAUCACAAAUAAUAGUGUCGGACAUUUUUUUCAUAGUGUUCUCCUUUCUCGUUUUCUUGGCUUGAAUUCGUAUUUUUUGUUGUAAACAAGCGUAUUAGGUUAGGUUAGUAUUACAAAUAGCAAUAAAGUACCUGUGAAUACAUAAUUAAGCUAAAAAAAUACUAAAGAAAGUAGUCAUUAAAAAAAAACGAAAAUAAAGAAUAAAGUGUCUAACUAGCAAAUCAAUUUUUAAUCGAUUAUCAUUCCUCUACGAAAAGGAACAACGAAGCCGUUUCUAUAUCUCUAACAAGUAACUUCUAACAUGCUAAAGUCUCAUGCCUAACUUCUAACAGUACGAAAAACAAGGCGGCUACGCAUGCGCUCGUCACACAAUGAAAAGGCCUGUAAAUAUUUAGAGGUUAUAUUUUUUUUGUUGUACGUUUCCAAUGAUGAAUCUGUCAAACUAUUCUCAAAAUGAGCGAAUGGACUAUAUCAGUAAGAACAAUCCUAAACGAUACCCACUGGAAUUAAAUGUCAGUUAUGUAUGCUUUCCAAUAUUUUGUAUCGAAUAAGUAAAUUACCGUCACAGUGUACAUGAUUUGAGCCAAAGACUUGUGUCAUCAUCAUCAUCAUCAUCAUCAUCAUCAUCAUCAUCAUCAUCAUCAUCAUCCAGCCUUCUGCAUCCAAAGUUGAACAUAGGCCUCCCCUAAUUUCUUCCAGUUUUGUCGAUCUUGGGCUUCCUGUAACCAAUUCCCAGCAAUCCUUUUGACGUCGUCUGUCGAUCGUGUAGGUGGUCAACCUCUACUUCUUCUGUCUGCUCUUGGUCUCCACACUGUAAUUUUUUGGGUCCAUCUCCUGUCCUCAUUCUGGCUAGAUGGGCCGCCCAAUUGCACUUCAGCCAUGCUACUCGCUCUAUAACAUCUGAUUUCUUCGUUUCUGACCCUGUCUCUGAGAGUCAGUCCAAGUAGUGACCGUUCCAUUCUUCUUUGGGCCACUCUAAGUUUGGUUGCUGUAGCCUGGGUUAAUGAUAAUGUUUCGGCGCCUUAAGUCAUGACUGGAAGCACACAUUGGUCGAAAAUCUUCUUUUUCAAACAAUUUGGCAAGUUGCUCUUGAAGAUAUCUGAUAGAGCUCCAUAUGCUGCCCAUUUUAAGGUGAUCUUUCUUUGUAAUUCGGCAGUUUGAUUGUCCCUGGCAAUUUGGAUUUCAUGCCCUAAGUAUUUAUAUGUAUGGACCAAUGCUAUUUCGUUGACGUCGACUUUUGGAUUUUCGCUUGGUACCAGGUUUGUCAUGUAUUGUGUCUUUCCAAAAUUUAUGUUUAAACCAACUUUCUUACAGGUGGCAUCUAACUCAGUAAGCAUAGUUCUAACCUCUUCUAAGUUGUCUGUUAUAAGACCUAUGUCGUCUGCGAAUCAUAGGUAGGAGAGCCUUUCGCCGUCGAUAUUUAUUCCUUUUGCGUCCCACUCGAAUUGUUUGAAAGCAUGUUUAAGUAUUGCCGUUAAGAGUUUCGGAGAUAACGUGUCUCCCUGUCUAAUUCCUCUUUUGAUUUUUAUAGAUUUGGUAUCUUUGUGUAAUCGGACGGUCAUGGUUGCAUUAUUGUAUAUAUGUUCGCUAUCAGUCGGGAGUACCGAUAAUCUAUACGACUUUCCUCCAACGCUCUCAUUAUGCUUGUAGACUUGUGUAGCACUAGGUAAAUGGUGUCAUGUUUCCGACAACUGUCUAUUUGUCAAAAUGUUCCAUUGAUAUAAGGAAGAACCAAAUACAAAAUAACAAGAGUAAAUGAAUAAUAAAAUCUUAAAAUUACUAAAUAACUUCAUUAUUGUCUUCCCUGUUUGUUCGCAUUCGAAUUUAAAAUUAGAGCCGAAGUGCACAUUGUUAGAGGACCAACGUAGUUGGAUAGUUGGCAUGGUAUCAGUCACUGGUAAAUCUCACUAACUCACACUUCGCGUAAAUAAUUCUUUAUAAACUCUUGAUUUGGGACACAAAUAUCUUAUGCGUUUUGUAGUUAUACAUUUUUCUUUGGCACUUUUCUUUUUUAUUCAUCAUUUUCAUAAGUUUUUAGAAAAUUAUAUUUGAUUUUGAAUUGAUUUUUUAGAAUUAUUAAUGAAAAUUUGUGCUUAAAGAUACAAUAUUUAAUACAUCGUAGAGAAGAUAAUAAUUUGGUUGUUAUUGUUAAAUAAUUUUUACAGUUUUUACAAAAACAUGUAAUAGUGUCGCUAAUAAUACAGUUUCUCUAAGGACAGGUCGUUUUUAGUAAAAUUUUUUGCCAAACCAACUUUCCCCUGGUAAAUGUCAUUAUAGCGGUUCCGAAUUUUUGUUGCCAACAUAAAAAUGGUAAUUUUAUUUAUAAUAGACCCAUCUACGUACUAAGCCGACCACUUUUUGCUUUUAUCAUUAUAGAUCUCAUACAGUAAAAAUAGUGGUUAAUAUACUAUAUACAUAUUUAAUUUUUGUAUUCAAAAAGAUUUAUACUCACUUGCUUUCUGUGUGUUUAUUUAUAAUUGAUAUUAUUCAAUCCCUACUUAAGUUUGUCAUCGUUGUAUAUAGUGUUAUAUAAAUUGUUAAAUAUAAUAUAUAAUUUUU